UGCGAAUCUCUUUAAUGUAAGGCGUAACGGCUAGAAGCAACGGUCGGCAGAGAACGAUGGCGGCGAAGAGGAAGGAUAAAUACAUGUCCAUACGGAUAGCGAAAUUUCUCAUGUGGAUAUCAGGGUUCUGGACCUCCGAGACGAAAACCGAGGAACGCGUGCUGAACGGAGUUGUGGGCUACACGUUAGUGACAUGCAUUACGGGCCUGUGGAUAGAAUCGACCGAGCUGUACUUCAACAUAGGUGACUUUUACGCAAUCACAUACACCGCUUGCAGUGCCAUGCCAGUAGUUAUAAUUUUGAUGAAAAUCACUUUCUUCCUGACUCAUCGGGCAAAAAUGCUGAAGAUGCUAAGAUAUACGCAGGACAAAUUCUGGUACGCGCAGUACGACGAAUACGGCGAGAGACUUAUGGACGAGAUCAAUAAAAAGGGAAUAAUACUAAUAUGCACGUUUACGUUCUUCGUUCAAGGAACAGUUGUCACCUACAUGCUGGCUCCCAUAAUUGAAAAUAGAGGAAAAAACGAAAGCGAAAGAAUUCUAAUUUUUAAUUGGUACGUAGGAAUCGACACGCAAACGUCGCCCACCUUUGAAGUAAUAUUCGUUGUCGAGGUUUUGACACUCGUUCAUAUGGGUGUAUGCUUCUGUUGCUUCGAUAAUCUCUUGGGUCUCCUAAGCAUGCACACUGCUGGCCAGUUUAAAAUGCUGCAGCAUCGCAUGAAAACAAUAAUGGAAAGAAUCGAGCAGGCCGGAACCUUGGGAUCGCUCGACGAGAAAGCCAAACUGGCGGUGUAUGAAGAAGUUCGAGGAUGCGUCUUACAGCACCAAGAGCUGAUCUGGUACAGCGAGCAAAUGGAGAGCAUAUUCAUGUAUACGACUCUUUGCCAGCUGUUGGUAUCCAGCAUCAUGAUAUGCGUAGCAGGUUUCCAAAUGUUUUUGUCCCGCGGUACCCUGGUCAGACGGCUGAUAUUCAUCGCUCACACAAACGGCAGUAUCUGUCAAUUGUUUGUGGUCACGUUCACGGCGCAUCAUUUGCUAGACGAGAGUCGUGCGGUCGGGGAUGCGGCGUACAGUGCCAAUUGGGAGGUCCUGUCUCAUCAGGAUAACAGAGGAAUCCGAAAUGCCAUUCUCAUGAUAAUGGUACGAUCCAUGCGUGCCUGCUCCAUAUCUGCCGGCGGCUUCUUCCCGGUGUCCCUCGAGACGUUUAUGACGAUAGUUGGGCCGUUCGGACGCACUUAGAUCUGCGCGACGGACAGGAAGAAAAUCACGAGGUACGCAAUGACGAGAAAUAAGGAGUACAGGUCGGUGAGUAUCACGCGACUAUUCAUGAAAAUGGUCGGCCUCUGGUACGUCGAGACACCUCGGGAACGGCUGCUCCUGCGCGCCGCGUUCGGCUACGCCGUCUGGGCGAUCCUCUUCGCCAUUCUCGUCGAAGGCGUUGAUCUAUACCACUGCAUAGGCGACUUUUACGCCGUCACGUCUAAUCUGUGCGCGACGUUGCUGUUGAUAAUGAUACUGGUGAAACUGGGUAGCUUCAUGUUCUACCACGACGACGUGAUGAAGCUGAUUCGUUUCGCCGAGAGACAUUUCUGGACAGUCACCUACGACGAGGUUGGUACACGAAUUCUGGAGCAAUACGACAAGCUAGGGAUGACUAUGACUUACACCUUUACGUUCAUCGUCAGCAUCGCGACCUUCAAUUAUAUCUUCGCGCCUUUCUUCGAGCCUCGAGGGGCGAACGAGACGGAGAAGAUAUUGCCGUUUAAACUGUGGCUCGAUUUCCCAUAUCACUCGCCAUUCUACGAAGUCACUUAUACUAUACAGGCGGCGGACGUGGCCAUCAGGAAGUGUAUUUUCGCCUUCCACUUCGUGGGCGGUCUUAUCCAGCUACUUAUUUAUACGUGGACGUGUAACGACAUAAUCGUGCAAAGCGCGGCCAUCUCCGACGCCGCUUACAACUCCAAGUGGUAUCUUUUACCCGGCAGCGGCCCGGGCAGGGCGCUGAGGAAGGGGCUAAUUAUGAUCAUGAUCAGAGCACGUCGACCGUGCGCAUUAACCGCCGGACAUUUCGCGGUGAUGUCCUUGGACACUUUCACGGGGAUACUAAGCACCGCGAUGUCGUACUUUACUUUACUACGACAAAUGAGCGAAGAAGAAAUAUAGUCUUGAAAAAUAUAGUCCCACACAUAGAGGAGGUCAACUAGCGUCGAAUGAGGAAGAAUCUCUCCGAGUACAUUCGCUACGAGAUUGGCUUAGUGAUGUGUAUGUCCGCUUGUACAUUUUUACCUCCAGAACGAACACCCGUAAUUCAUCGCUAGGAAUCAUUCUUCCAUCGGUAAGUGCGCAGUCAUAAUUGAUAUUUUUAUCUUUUGUUUUCAUUACAGCAAUUUAUUGUCGAUGAACUAUGCUGUAAAAUUCAACAUCUAUACAAGUUAUGUAUAUUUUUCUAAAUAAUAUAGAUACGUAUGUGUGUGUGAAGUGUAAUAUCUUUGUGCGAUAUACCAUACUAGAUUGGAAACUACGUUUCCGUUGUAGAUAAAAUAACUUGGAUAGAACACGAUCAUUAAAAGGAAACGCGCGUCGAUUACAAUAUAAAUAUUUAUUUAAAUAUAGUGCCAGGCCUCAUACAGUAGGAAAAAUAUAUAUUUUUAUUUGAUAAAAUAACCAAUUGUCGUAAUUCACCGAAUUUUAAUUUUCUACUCCAAUUACGA